AUUAUCUUCAAUGCAACAUAGGAAGGUAAGUUGCGGUACUUGGGGUGAACCGCCGGGGGGCAAGGUAAAAUAAUUGAUCAAAGGAUUUCCGUGAACACUCAGACAUUGUAAUGUAAUGCAAUGGAGUCGGAGAAGGGUCGCAUUGAAGACAUGUCGGCUGACUUUUCAAAGCGAAUAAUUCGGAAUCCGAGGCACUGAAUUCUUUUGGAAUAGUUGCGAUGGCUUGGGCGUCUGAGUGGAGUCCUUUCAACGUUACGUUAUAACGUUACAUGUCCUCGAUGGCUCACUCCGCUGCUGAAUCUGUCUCGUCACAACCCGAUCGUCCAGAGCGUAGCCGUAAUGCUAAAGCUCAAGCUCGCCAUCGUGCAAAGCGAAAGGCCUACAUCGAGCAGCUCGAACAAACUGUCACUAAACUACAAACUGCUUUGGGCUUUACCCCAGACCAAGUGGCGGCUUUACCGCCCCCCUUGGUCAAGAUUCGUGAGCUCGAGCAAGAAAAUACUCGCUUGCAGAAAGAAAAUGAAGAAAUGAGACGUUUGUUGGAAUCUGACCAUCGAGCUGGUCAUUUGUCCUCCGACUAUCGUCGGCACUCCAUGUCCAACUUCCACGACACUCGCAACUGUGACCGCGACUUCAAGAAACGAAAAAUGGAUGAUCUCUACAUGCCGCAAGACGCCCCUCAUGGUGAUCGUCCACCUCCACUUACCAUUCCGCAGCCAAUUUCCCAUCACCAGUAUGGCAAUAUACCCUCCCACAAUGGCACAUCUGGUCAUGGCGGUGUUUCAGGCAACUCCUCCUCGCUCUUUAAUUUGCACGCUCCCGCUUUUCAUCACCUUCCUCAUACUCCGUCCGGAUCAAGUUCAACUUCAAGUCCUCCAUUUUCGCAGCCCACCCAAAUGCAACACUCAUCGCAUUCCCCGGUCAACAGUCGUCCAAGUUCAUUGUCGCAUCACCCACUUCCAAGCAACUACCAUUCCAAUCAUUACGGAUCCGUCAAAGUUGAAGACGAUCAUUACAGCUCAUCAAACCAUCAUAACCAUAAUGGGCCCUCAAACCAUUACCACACUACUCUCCCUCCAUUUGCCCAAACUGUGCCAGAAGCUGAAGUGGAUAACUGGCAUGCUUAUUCGGCCGAACGUGCCCAGGUUCAUCGGUAGAACCGAAAUACGUCGAAUUGUUGUUCUCUUCUUUUGGACUGAUCGGUUUAGAUGAUACCCCCGCUCUAUUGCUAUCACUGUCUCGCUGCAUCUCGUCUAGCUCUCUUUGCCGCAUCGCUAUUUCUAGAGCCUACGAACAACCUACUACUUCUAAUUUUUGCGCUUCGCUAUUGUAAAAAGUUAUCACGCAUUCUAGUGGAUAUAUGUGCAUGAAUUGUAUAAUCUUGAUACUUAUUGUAAUGUAAGUAGGUGUGUGUUAUGAGUAUUAUUGUUGCGACUUGUAUCUACG